GCAGCUCUACACGGCUCCCUUCUGCAGCUACACCACUCUCUUCGUGGAGUUCUUCUACCUCGCAGUCAUGCUGCACCUUUCUGCCCAGUUCAAGGUCCUCGGCAGCCGCUUUGCGAGCCUAGGACGGUCCCAGGGAUCCAAAGCUAAGGCUGGGACCGAGUCGGAUCUGGCGACAGCGGACUCCAAUGCGGUGUACGACGAACUGCGUCUGUGUGUCGAAACGCAUCAGGAACUGCUCAGGUUCGUCAGGUUCCUGGACGACGUGAUGAGUCCGUUCGCCAUGAUGCAGUUCGUCGCUGGGACGCUGGCCGUUUGUGUCGUGUUGUUCCAGGCCGCAAAUAAUCAGGACUUGAAUACCAACCUGAAGUGUGCCGGAUGGUUGCCGGGGCCAUCGCUCGAGCUCUUCAUCUACUGUGGGGGCGCUCACGAGGUCGUGCACGAGGGAGAGGCAUUAGUAAUGGCAGCGUAUGACAGCCUGUGGUACACCGUGGCCCCCCGCAUUGGACGGGCCAUCCGGAUGGUGGUAACACGAGCGCAGGUGCCGCCGGUGCUCACCGCUGGACACCUCUACCCCAUCACCAGGCCCACCUUCGUGUCGCUCGUGAACGCAGCCUAUUCGUACUACGCCCUGCUCAGCCAGAUGCAGAACAAGUAAAGGAGCACUGCGAACGCCGGAGGAAGAAACUCACACUUGUACUGUUUAUGUCUCGCUUUAUAAGAUCUACCACAAUGCUUCCUUAUGAGGCUGUAAACCGUUCGAAUGAAUCUGAGCUUACGCAUGGUGCCUCAUGGCUUGAGUGGACAACUAGUGGAGACGAUAAACCUCACAAGGCCGCUCGGUAUCUUCUCAGCCAUAGUUUGAAAGUCCAUCGUGCAGGUUAGAGUAGAGACAAGCAGAGAUGGUUCACUCUCGUCCUGUUUAUUGACAUUUCUACCUGUAAUGCCGAACCAUUAACCAUAUUUCUCAGUCAGUACAAGUACAGUUACGCGUUAUUUAACCCUGUUACGCCGUUAUAUUACACAUACA